AUAUUGCGUUGAUGUUGCUGUCUCACCGUCAAGACGAAACUUUGCUCGUGCUUGCGGUGUAUUUUACCCAACGAAAAUAUAUAUAUAUAUAUAUUUAACGCCGUGUGUGUGUGUUUUUUUUUGUGCAUGUGCCUGGGCAAAAAAAAUUCGUUUCACACGCUGCAGUAAUUACAUUAAAAUAACGUGUGCUAUUCCCUCUUAGCGAACGGCGGAAGCAUUUUCAAUCCGGUGCAAAACUCAGCAGCUGAAUAAGCGGCCGAACAAGAAGAAGAAGAAGCAGAGCAGUAGCAGUAGUAGAAGCAGUAAAUUGAGAAGAUGCCUUCCAGCGAUCCACUGCCGCAAAAGGAGGCUGCGCUCUUUCGUAAAUUAUUGAAAUGCUACGAAAUGAAGCAGUACAAAAACGGCCUGAAGCUGGCUAAGCAGAUACUCUCAAAUCCCAAGUAUGCGGAACAUGGUGAGACUCUGGCCAUGAAGGGAUUAACCCUCAAUGGUUUGGGCCGUCGGGAGGAGGCCUACAAGUAUGUGCGUCUGGGUUUGCGGAGAGAUCUUCGCUCCCAUGUCUGCUGGCAUGUGUAUGGACUGCUGCAGCGCAGUGAUAAGAAGUACGAUGAGGCCAUUAAAUGUUAUCGCAAUGCCUUGAAAUGGGAGAAGGAUAAUCUGCAGAUAUUGAAGGAUCUGUCGCUGCUGCAAAUACAGAUGCGUGAUCGCGAGGGCUACAAGGAGACGCGUCAUCAUCUGUUCACGCUGCGUCCCUCGCAGCAUGCCUCCUGGAUUGGGUUUGCCAUGAGCUAUCAUCUGCUCGGUGACUAUGAGAUGGCCAACAACAUUCUAGAGACAUUUAGCCAGUCCCAGACCUCAAUUGAGGCCCAUGACUAUCGUCAUUCGGAGCUGCUGCUUUACCAGAACCAGAUACUCAUCGAAUCGUCGCAUCUGCAACAGGCUCUGGAUCAUCUGCUCAAGUAUGAGGCGCAAAUUGUUGAUAAGUUGGCUGUCCGCGAAACCGUCGGUGAUUUGUACAUUAAACUGGAGCAGCAGGAGAAGGCGGUGCCUAUUUUUGAGGCCCUCAUCCGUCGCAAUCCGGAGAAUGUGCUCUACUAUGAGCAAUAUAUGGCUGCACGUCGUGUCACCGCUUCCAGCGAUAUUGUUGCCGUCUAUCGCGAGUUCCAGUCGCAAUAUCCACGCGCACUUUGUCCACGUCGCCUGCCCCUGGACAUUGCCAGCGGUGCGGAGUUCCGUCAGGUGGCCGAUGAGUAUCUGCGUCGUGGUCUGCGCAAGGGCAUUCCCCCGCUCUUUGUCAAUGUGCGCAGUCUGCAUCAGGAUGCGGAGAAGGCCGCCGUCAUUGAGUCCCUGACGCUGCAGUACUUUGAGAAUCUGACACGUUCGGGUCACUUUUCACGCGAGGAUGCGGACGCGGGUGUGACCGUUGAGCCGGCAUCGGCACUGGUCUGGACCGCAUUAUUCCUGGCUCAACAUUAUGAUUAUAUGCGCGACACGGAUCGUGCCUUGGAGUACAUUAAUGCGGCGAUCGAUCACACGCCCACGCUCAUCGAGCUGCUCAUCACGAAGGGACGCAUCUUCAAGCAUGCCGGCGAUCCCGUCGAGGCGUACGUUUGGCUCGAGGAGGCACAGAGCAUGGACACCGCCGAUCGGUACAUCAACUCGAAGUGCGCCAAGUAUAUGCUGCGUGCCAAUAUGGUGAUUGAGGCUGAGGAAAUCUGUGCGAAAUUCACCCGGGAAGGCGUCUCGGCCAUGGACAAUCUGAAUGAGAUGCAGUGCAUGUGGUUCCAGACGGAAUGCGCAUUGGCCUAUCAACGAAUGUCGCGUUGGGGCGAGGCGUUAAAGAAGUGCCACGAAGUGGAUCGUCAUUUUGCUGAAAUCAUUGAGGAUCAAUUUGAUUUUCAUACCUAUUGCAUGCGCAAGAUGACACUGCGUGCCUAUGUGGGAUUACUUCGUCUCGAGGAUGUGCUGCGUCGUCAUCCGUUCUACUCGAAGGCUGCCAAGUGUGCCAUCGAAGUCUACAUUCGUCUGUAUGACAAGCCUCUGGCAUCGGAGACGACCAUUGAGGAAAUUGAUAUCGAGAACCUGCCGCCAUCGGAGCUGAAGAAGCUGCGCAGUAAACAGCGCAAGGCGAAGAAGAAAGCCGAGUUGGAGAGCGCACAGGCAGCGCAGGCGCAGGUGAAGCGGGAACAGCAUCAGAAAUCGAAGCAGCAGGCGAAUCAGGAGACGGAUCCCGAUGCACCACAAUUGGAUGAGCUAAUACCGGAGAAAUUGGAGCGCACCGAUGAGCCGCUUGAGAAGGCGAUUGAAUUUUUGAAACCGCUGCAGGAAUUAGCCAAAGAGCGCAUCGAUACGCAUUUACUGGCCUUUGAGGUGUAUUAUCGAAAGAAUAAGCUAUUGUUAAUGAUACAAUCGAUACGACGUGUCCGAUCAUUGGAUCCGACACAUCCGGAGCUACACAGCUGCAUAAUACGCUUCAUGAUGGCCUUGGAUAUGGCCAGGAAAUAUGAGGAACCAUUCAAUCCCCAUGUGCAGCAGGUGCUCGACAAGGCCAUUAAAGAACUGAUAGGCUUCAAGACGCCACAGGAGCUGAACGAUGAAUUCAUUGCCAAGCAUCAUACAUCUUCCAUAAUGCAUUUAUAUGAAGCCGCUCGUGGUCUCUACGCACUCGAUGCUAGCAAAAGAGAUGCGGCCAUUAAGCUCAUCACUGACUUCAAUCUGAGCAAGAUGCGAUUAGAGGAGGCCACUAAGAUCUACACGGCGUUGCGGGACGGCGAUGUGUUCGGCGACUGCGAGAAGGAGGCGGAUGAAUACAAGUUAAAGUGUCAGGAGCGUUUCCAGUAUGCGCGCAUCUUUCGCAAUAUCGAGGAGCUGGAGGCACAGCUGCAGGAGAAGGAGGCAGCCAAGCUGCGUGCCGAGGAGGAGCAACAGCAAUUGAAUCAUUUAGAUUCAAAUGAAACAACAACAUCGGCGGCGGCGUCAGCAACACCAGCGUCGAUUGUAGCAGCGUCUUAGAAUCAACUAAGCAAGCAACAUGACUGCAACAACAGCAACAACAACCAGAAACCUUACAACAAUAACUAUAAUUAUAACAACAACAAAAGCAACAACAUUAUGCCUAACUCUAGGAAGAACAACAACUACAAACAGAACAGCAAUAACAAUAAACAAACACUAUUCACUACAAAAAGAACAAGAUAACAAAACAGCAACUUGAAAUGGAGCUGGAAUAUCUCGUUCCGAAUCCUCUGGGGGUCUUUCCUUAAAAAGAUUUUUCCAGUUUUUUAAAACAACAAAUCAUCAAACAUUGUGAAGUGAAAGAGAGCGAGAAUGCAUGGAGAGAGCGAGAGCGAGCCAACAGAAUUAGUUACAGCGAGCAAGACGGCAACAUGCUUCACAUGAGACGCAGACAAUGACACACACACACACACACAAACAAACACACAAACACACACACACACACACAUACAUAUAUACUAUGUAUAGUUAAAGAAUGAAUCAAAGAAAGCAGGAAAGCAAAAGCUUCAA